UACAUAGAAUUUGGAGUAUGUACAUCGAUAGUAUAGAAAUAAAACAGGUUCGAUAUCUCGUUCACUGGAAACCCUCUCUCUCUUCUAAGAAAGCGAGAGCCAUAAUGGCUGAAACGUCAGUCUGUUGAAGCUGCUGAUCGUGGGUGUACGUAUUACCUGUGAUGUACAGCACAAGGGUAGUGGGAGUACACAAAUCUCUGUGGUGAAUCUAGAUGCGUGAUGGAUGAAGUCACUGCAAACGAUCCCGGUGGUGGAGAAGGAGGACCAUUAAUUUGUGCUGGAUGUUUGAAUGCCAUUGAAGAAGAUGAGUUUAUUCAAGCUCUCAACCAAGAAUGGCAUAUCGAUUGUUUUCAAUGUUCAGCUUGUGACGCUUCUCUGUCAUCCUGGUACUUCGAAAAAGAUGGAUUAUUAUUUUGUAAAGAUGAUUAUUGGGCAGCAUAUGGAGAAGCUUGCCAAAGUUGUGGUCAAGUUAUUACAGGACCAGUUAUGUUGGCUGGAGAACACAAAUUUCAUCCAGAAUGUUUUGUUUGUACUUCUUGUGGAGCUUUUAUUGGUGAUGGCGAGAGUUAUGCACUCGUUGAAAGAUCUAAACUCUACUGUGGUGUCUGCUACAAACGUCAAAUGCAACCUCUUAAUAGAACAACAAAUUAUCCGUUUGUUAGAAAACCUCAUAGCAUAAGACUUGUAGAAAUUCCACCAAGCACUAAAGAUCCAGAAAAACAAAGAGGAAUAAAGCUUACAUUGGAUACCACACCAAGUCCUCACAAUUGUGGAUGUGGUCUUUUACGAAUCUCAGAGUUAAUACAAAACAUUCGGGGAAAGAUCAAUAAGCUGAUGGCCUCUAUGGUGGAGGUUCUAUUUAGUCUAUGCUGCAGAUUCUUUAAUAAUAGGCUUAAUAUGUCUGGAGAAUUGAUGUCUUUACAUAUUGGAGAUCGAAUAUUGGAAAUAAAUGGAACUCCAGUUAAAGAUCAGCCUGUGGAAAAUAUUGAAAAUUUAAUUAAAUAUUCUGAUUCAGUUUUACAGUUAACAAUAGAGCAUGAUCCAGAUGCAUUAUCUCGACGAACAAAUUUUUCCUCAACGCCAGUUAUUCUUUCGACUGCUAUCAGCCCUAAAACAAGCCCUGAAAGUAGAGAACGAUUAUUCAAACGUCGAGACGAAAGCUAUAUUAGUGGAAAUCGAAGUCGUCAAUUGAAGAGAUCAAAAGAUCCGACAAAUAAAGAACGGAGUAGUUCGAUGUCGAGAUUGUUAGAUUGCACGCCACCACCGAGCUCUACUUGUGACUUAAGUCGAACGAGAUCAUUCCGUGUUGAACUAGACCAUUCUGCAAAAAGCCAAAGGAUUUUUCGUGCGAGUGAUUUAGUGAAGGGUGAGUUGUUGGGAAAAGGGUUUUUCGGACAGGUAUAUAAAGUUACACAUCGAGAGACGAAUGAGGUGAUGGUGCUUAAAGAAUUAUAUCGAGUUGAUGAAGAAGCUCAGAAGAACUUUUUAAAGGAAGUCGCAGUACUUCGUUCUCUUCACCAUAAUAAUGUCUUGAGGUUUAUUGGUGUACUUUACAAAGAUAAAAAAUUACAUUUGGUAACAGAAUAUAUCGCAGGUGGAACAUUAAGAGGACUUCUUCAUGAUUCGAAUGUACCUCUACCAUGGGAACAGAGGACUUCUUUUGCUAAAGACAUAGCUGCUGGUAUGGCCUAUCUUCAUUCAAUGAAUAUAAUACAUCGAGACCUGAAUUCACAUAAUUGUCUUGUUCGUGAAGACAAAACAGUGGUUGUUGCUGAUUUUGGUUUAGCAAGGAUAAUUCAGAAUGGGAAUUCACCGGAUAAACGAAAAUAUAGUGGGGUUACUGAUGGUGAAACGCGAUGUUCUCGAAAAGAAAGGAAGAAAAGAUAUACAGUGGUAGGAAAUCCUUACUGGAUGGCUCCAGAAAUGAUGAAAGGAAAUAAGUAUGAUGAAAAAGUCGAUAUUUUUAGUUUUGGAAUUGUUGUCUGCGAAAUAAUUGGGCGUGUUCAAGCAGAUCCAGACUAUCUUCCGCGUUCUUCAGAUUUUGGAUUAAAUCAGAAAGCUUUCAGAGAAAAAUUUUGCGCAAAUUGCCCAGAAACAUUUUACAUGAUUGCUUUUUUAUGCUGUGAUCUUAAUCCAGAUAAACGACCGCCAUUUGAAGUAAUGGAAGUAUGGCUAGAAGGUCUAGCAAUGCACCUAUCGGUUGGUGCUCCUCUUUCACCAGAUCUGGAUUUCGAUAUUAGGCAUUAUACGGGUCCCAGUCCGAGCAGCAGUGAAUCAACGACGCCAGAAACAUUAGGGCCACAGCUAAAACCCAUUAGAGAAGGUGCUAUACAUUCAGAAAAAAAACGUAAUUGUUGUGAAGAUAGUACAUUAGAACGAGAGAUAGACGAUACUUCGGACAAUUUUCAAAGUUCAGAUUCUGUAAGACAGAAUAGAUACUCGAGGCAAAAUUCUGAUGGAUUACCGAGCACAGGAAAGUAUUCAAGACAAAAUUCUAGGUCAAAGGACAAUGCAGAAUCUGAAAAACCAAGUAUUAUCAUUUCCCCAGACUCCAGUGGAUUUAGUGGUCGUUUUUUACGAACUCAAACACACUCAAAAGAUUCUGGUGAAGCUCCUGUGACAGUGACUAAAACAGAUGAGAAUGGAAAUGGAAAUAAAAGAGAUUCCAAGUUUUGUAAAAGUGGGACACGUGGUGGAAUUGGUAAAUCUCCAGUUCAAAUUAAGGUACCUUUCAUUGAAAAAAUAAGGUAUGUUGGUAAUUCAAACCCUGGAGAAAACUUUGAAUCUCCUCCCUCCGAACUCUACAAUGUCGAUAAUAAAAAUUCAUACAAAGUAAAUUCAGUAUCAAGUACAAAACAUGUUGGAAAAAAUCCGGAGACUCCUGAUAAUUCUACCUUAGUAGAUAAGUCUUGGAAAUCCCCAGAAGCAGGUGGAUUUGUUGGAACGUAUUUUAAACAGAUUAGCAAGCUAAAAAAUUCAAUAGAGAAAAGCAAUAAGUCUCUUGGAUGGCAGAAUAACGUUAUUUCAACAAGCGACAGUAAAAAGGGAUUAAAAGAAACUCCAAAGAGCACAGGAUCUUAUCUAAGAAGAAUGAAAAUCUCUCCGACAAAAGAGCAAACUAAGAACGCAUUUUGCAGACAAGCUGACCCUUCUAGUGACAAAGUAUCUCAUGAGCAAGACCUCCAUGUGAAAGAAUGUGACAAGCAAAGACUAGGCAUGAGGGAUUCAUUUCGUGAUACGAUUAAAGAUGCAGUAGAAAACCAAUUGAUGAGGCAAGAUAGUGUGGCUUCAAGUAUUGGUAGUAUUUUAUCUAGACAUGUAAGUCUUGCAGUAUCUGACGUAUUUCCAAAACAAAAUUUGGCUGAAUCACUAACUUCUUACGAAAAACCUACAGCAGAUUUACUUGAUAGACAGGAUAGCUUUGGAUCUGACCUAAGUACUUUGAAACAAACUCAUUUAUAUAGAACCGAUAGUUCUUGUUCCACUGAUAGCCAUCUUAAAAAUGAUAUAUACUCGAGUAGUAAAAAUGUUGAUUAUACAUGUGAAUCUCAACAAGACAACUCAUACAUGAGACCAUCUUUGCGGAGAGAAAAUUUAGACUUUGAGUAUUCGAAUGAUUUUAAAUUAUCAUCAAAUCCACUUGUAAAUUAUUCGGAAUGCUAUAAAGGUGUUGAUUUGUGUAGGCAAGAUAGUUUUUGUACAGAUAGUGCUGUAGGAACAAUGAAAAGUGAUUUUUUUGAUGACAUUGAUGUCUCAGAGUUAAGAAAGAAUGCCGAAGCACAAGACAUUUGCUGUAAUCCUAAUAAGUGUUGCCCACCGAAUCGUUCUAAUUCGCCGAUUGAAAGCACAGCUUUAUAGAAAUUGUGUAAAUUUCGAUAGAUGAUCAAUGAGAGGUAUUCUUGUAUAAGAAGCAAUUUUAUCUAAAAAAAAAAUUAUUUUUAAACCGACAAAAAUGAAUCAUAUUCUAUGUAAAUGAAAAGAAGACUUAGAGAAGUUAAAAACUUUUUUUUAACGUGAAGUUAACCAAAUCAAAAUAUUUUAAAGCAAUAGAAACAUGUUUAUUUAAAACUUAUUCGAUAACAAUAACAAAAUUUCAAUUAAAUAAUAAAUCAAAGAAUUAGUUAGUCCUAUAUUAGAUUACUUUCUUAUACAAUAAGACAAAAUAGAUUCAAUAGAACUAAAAAAUAUUUUUGA